AUGGCUAACUCCAUUAUGGCUUCCUCCAAACCCUUAAUCUCCCUCUCCUCCAACCAACCAAGCCGCGUCCAGAUUCCCAAAUUCGCCAAGCUCCCCCAGAUUCCCAAAUCCGUCUCUUCCUCCGACCUCCGCAGCAAGGCUCUAUCACUCUCUUCCGCCACCGCGAAAUCCCUAGCCCUAAUCGCCGCAUUCGCUCCCCCGUCGAUGGCGGAAGCGAUGGAGAAGGCGCAGCUCUUCGAUUUCAACCUGACGCUGCCGAUCAUCGUCGUGGAGUUCCUCUUCCUGAUGUUCGCCCUCGACAAGGUCUAUUACUCGCCGCUUGGGAACUUCAUGGACCAGAGAGACAGUGCCAUCAAGGAGAAGCUUGCGAGCGUGAAGGACACUUCCUCGGAGGUGAAGGCGCUCGACGAACAAGCCGCCGCUGUGAUGAGGGCGGCUAGGGCUGAGAUCGCCGCCGCGCUUAACAAGAUGAAGAAGGAGACUCAGGUGGAGGUUGAAGAGAAGCUAGCGGAAGGAAGGAAGAAGGUGGAGGCGGAGCUACAGGAAGCUCUGUUGAGUUUGGAGAAGCAGAAGGAAGAAACCAUUAAAGCUCUGGAUUCUCAGAUCUCUGCUCUCAGUGAAGACAUUGUAAAGAAGGUUCUUCCUUCUUAA